GUCUGUUACCAGGUUACAGACUGAGACGAUCUGCGCUCAGUUCAGCUCUGAUGCUGCGGAGUGUCACAGACUCUCUCUCGGUGCAGCUUGCAGCGUGCAGGCUCUGAGUGUCUCUCUGCGCAUGUUUCAGAGCUGCAUCCCGGGAUCAGACGGAGGGAAACUGUUGGAGAACAUACAAGAGGAGCAGAGGAUGAGAUACAACUCGUUCCGACCAGGGAAUACAUCCGAUCACCUCGCGCUGUUUCAUCGUUUAUAUCCUGAAUCAGCGGAACACAGCGGGGUGUAGAGUUUCACAUUACAGAACAGAUGGGCUGGAGCUGAGGGGGCAGGAGGACAAAGCGUCAGGCAGAGCUGCAUCGGCGGGUGUCUCCUCGCCUCCAGGGCCGGAGAUGACGGAUGGAACGUGGGUGAACGGCAGCCUGGCCGGCCCCUCGCUGGGCGGACACCCUCUGCUCCUGCUCAUGUUCAACGACAGCGAUCUGAACGAGACGCUGUUCAACAUCACCAACUCCACCGUCCCCGACGUCUCCUCCGGGCCCAGCGUCGCGGGGGUCCUCAUCCCACUCAUCUACAUCAUCGUGUGCAUCAUCGGCCUCGGGGGGAACACUUUAGUGAUUCACAUCGUCCUGCACUACUCCAAGAUCGAGUCCGUGACCAACAUCUACAUCCUGAACUUGGCCAUAGCCGACGAGCUCUUCAUGCUCGGCCUGCCCUUCCUGGCCGUGCAGAACACGCUGCAGUCGUGGCCGUUCGGCUCCUUCAUGUGCCGCCUCGUCAUGACCGUCGACUCCAUCAACCAGUUCACCAGCAUCUUCUGCCUCACCGUGAUGAGCAUCGACCGCUACCUCGCCGUGGUCCAUCCCAUCCGCUCGUCAAAGUGGCGACACCCGCAGGUGGCCAAAGUGGUGAACACCACCGUGUGGGCUCUGUCGUUUCUCGUCGUGCUGCCCGUCGUCAUCUUCGCCAACAUCCAGAAGGCCGGCGGCACCUGCAACAUCGCCUGGCCUCAGCCCGCCGACAUAUGGCGGGCGGCCUUCAUCAUCUACACGUCCACGGUCGGGUUCUUCUGCCCCCUCCUCAUCAUCUGCCUCUGCUACCUGCUCAUCGUCUUCAAGAUCCGCAGCUCGGGGAAGAAAGUCCACGCCACCUCGACCAAGCGGAGGAAGUCCGAGAGGAAGGUCACGCGCAUGGUGGUGAUUGUGGUCGCCGUGUUUGUGUUCUGCUGGCUGCCCUUCUACGCCCUCAACAUCCUCAACCUGCUGGUUUCCCUGCCGUCCGAGUACCAGGGGCUUUAUUACUUCGUCGUGGUGCUCGGCUACGCUAACAGCUGCGCUAACCCCAUCGUCUACUGCUUCCUGUCGGACAACUUCAAGAGGGGCUUCCGGAAAGCUCUCUGCCGCUCCUCGAGGAAGGUGGAGAACCACGAGCCCAUGGAGCGGCAGCAGCAGCAGCAGCAGCAUCAGCAGCAUCAGCAUCAGCGGGAGGAGGGGCGGAUGGCGCUCAUGCCCCGGGAGAGCCUGAGGCGGGCCGUGCGGGACGAAGACGACGACGAGGACGUCUCGGAAAUGACCGAGAUCUACCGCAUCGCCCAAAACGGAAACAGCAGCUUGCAGCGGCAAAGCCCCCCGCAGCAAGAGGCGACGCCGGGAGCGACAGAACCGUCGACCCCGGAGAAGAGGGACGCGGCCGGGACCCUGAGGGGGACGGACACAGUUAACGGGUCCUCACUGAGCGUCCCCCUGCUGCUUAACGGGACAAAGAACGGGAGCAUUAAAACUCUACCAGAGGAAAACCAGGACCAGAGCAGCUCACUGGAGAUCAGUUACUUAUAGUUUAAAACAACUGAACACUUACACAGCAUGCUGCCUUCAAGAAAACACAAACAAUCAGCUGUUUGUAAUGAAGCUUACAUCAGAACACAUGAAGAAACACUUUAAUGAAACUAAAAGAGGCCUUAGGAUCAUUUUUCUUACGAGGACACAAUUGAAGUUUCAGCCUCAUACAGAAUGUAUUAUUGUUUAUUCUUUGUACAUAUGCACGUUUU